CAGGAAGGAACAACUUGCAACACUUUUUUUUAAGACCCAAAUGGUCUUUUAGCAUUACUAUCUUGGUUCUGGCUUUAAUUUGGGUGUCGGAGCCGUCUCAGUUGACGAACCUGAGAAACGGCGAUUUUCUCAUCGCCCACACACGCAUUGAGCAGCUCACAUGCGCUACAGAGCUCUGCCGCUCACACAGGAACAAUGUCAGCAACAAAGCGAAUCAUCGUCUUUGGCGGAAACGGCUUCCUAGGCUCGCGAAUCUGCCGCGCAGCCGUAGCCCGAAAGUGGGAUGUCACAUCCGUCAGCCGCUCCGGCCGGCCGAACUGGCUCUCCAUCACGGACUCCCCGACGCCGCCGUCGUGGUCCCACUCGGUCUCGUGGGAGCGCGGCGACAUCUUCCGGCCGGCGCAGUGGACGCCGCUCCUCAGCGGCGCCGACUGCGUCGUGCACAGCCUGGGCAUCCUGCUCGAGGCCGACUACAAGGGCGUGCUCUCGGGCCAGGAGUCGCCCAUCUCCGGGCUGAGGCGCGCGUUCGACCCGGCCAAGGGACGCCGGGGGAGCAGCAACCCGCUCGAGAGGGUGCGGGACGUCGAGCAAGGAGAUGCUUCGUCCUCUUCAACGCAACAGCAGCAACAGCAGCAGCAGUUGACGUAUGAGAUGAUGAAUCGGGACAGCGCGAUCCUGCUGGCCAAGGAGGCGGCCAAGGCUGGGGUCAAGACGUUUGGGUACGUGUCGGCGGCGGCGGGCGCGCCGGUGUUGCCGUCGAGGUAUGUGACGACCAAGAGAGAGGCCGAGGCAAUCGUGGCGCGGGAGUUUCCGGAAAUGAGGGGGGUCUUUUUCAGGCCGCCCUUCAUGUACGACCGGUCGAGGGUCGUGACGAUGGGGGUAGCAGCCAUGGCGACGGCCGGGUCGAUGGUCGACGGCUUGACUGGGGGCAGGCUAGGGGGCUUGCUAGGGACCAUGGUGACCAAGCCGCUCAAGGCGGAUGCCGUGGCGGAUGCAGUCGUCGAGGCGCUUGAGGACGAGAGUGUCAAGGGACCGGUGGAGGUGCCGCAGCUGGAGGCGUUGGCGGAUCGGGCGUGGAGGAAGACGAUGCUUUGAAAGAAGCAAGAGAGGGGGGGGGAGGAAAAAAGCGAACCCGACAAAUGUAGCAUCACUGUAUCACCUCCUGCAUGACACUAGGUGUAGAAUGUACAAUAUCUUGCGAAUACCCAACCCAAACCCCAAAACUCCGUCCGCUGGCAUGGCAAUCGACGAACCCCGUGACAACCCCCCCCCAGCUAAACCAUUGUGCCCCGCUCGAAACUCUCCCGGAUCUCCGCGGUAUACUUGUUGUAGAAGCGCGCCAGUUUCUGGUUGAACUGCUUGUUCUUCUCGUUGAUGUACGUGACGUCGCCUCCGUCCUCCCCGUUCUUGGCCAUCCGGUCCCUCCUCCUCUUGAGGGACGCCUCCUCGGCCUUGCGCAAGUCGGCCACCAGCCGAUCCACGGCCGCCUUGUCCGGCUUGUGCUGCGCAAAGGCGGUGGAAUCGGCCGUGCUGAAGAAGGUCCCGUCCUUGUCGACGGCAAUCAUCUCUCCGUCGUCCGUUUCGACAAUGUCCAGGGUCCCCGCGGCGGCGGCCUUCUCGAUGGCCGCCAUCUUCUCGCGCGUGUAGCGCUCCAGGUCCGGAUUGCCCAUGUUCCGCACCUGCCGCUUGUAGGCCUUCACGCUCUCGUGCGCGUAGUCCCUGAAGGCCGUGUCGUCGCGGUGGGCCUCCUUCUUGCGCAUCCGCUUGUCCCACCGCUCGCUCUCCUCGACCGUCCAGUCCCAGGCCCGCUUGCGCUCAAAGUCCUCGCCGGCCUCUUCGACGUCGGCCUUGAGGAGCUUGUGGGAGGCGAUGGCGUGCUUGCGGUUCAGGGCGGUGAGCUGGCUCGGGUCGGUGGCUAACCGUUGGCAUUCCUUGGUCGCCUCCUUCAUGUUCUGGUCGGCCGAGGCCUUGGCGCGCGCCUGCAGGGCGCGGAAGCGGGCAAGACGUUCUUGGGCGGCCUUGGCUGCGCUGGCCGAGGCAUCAGGUGUAGCGGUGGACGACGACGACGACGAUGAUGAUGAUGAUGCUUCGGCCACUGCCGAUGCAGGUGGUGGCGGCGGUGAUGGUGCCUUGUCGGUUAUCUGUUCGGGCGCUGCUUCUUCGGUUGGCUCGUCGCGGGCUGGCAUUGGGUCGCUUUCGGCAUGCUUUUCUUCUUCCACUGGCACUAGGCCAGAACUUGUAGUCUUUCUCUUCUUGGCCGGAGGCAUCUUGUUUUGGUUUGGGGUGUAAUGGAAGCCGGAACCAGGGUAUUGUUAAUCGCGGGGACUCGG